AUGGGAAACGCCCCUAGUUCACCAGCUCACGCAUGCCUGCUCUCCGCCGUCGGGAAUGACUCGUCCCUUCUGGCUUUUCCGAGCCAGCCUUUUUACGAGUCGACCGCUGCUAACCCAUACAAUCUGAACUGGCCCAUCUACCCGGCCGUCGUCGCAACCCCGAAAACUACAGAACAGGUUGCUGGCAUCGUAAAAUGUGCUGUCGAAUAUGACCAUAAGGUCCAGGCAAAAAGUGGAGGUCGUAGCUAUGCGAACUUCGGUCUCGGCGGAGUGAACGGUGAAGUCGCGAUUGAUAUGAAGCAUUUCCAGCAGUUCUCGCUAGAUAAUUCAACUUACAUGGCCACUAUCGGACCAGGCCUGCAACUCAGCGACGUAACACGGAAGCUGAACGAUGCCGGCGGAAGAGCCAUGCCGUAUGGCGCUGUCCCCGAGAUAGGUGUCGGCGGCCAUUUCACCAUCGGUGGGCUCGGCACAUACUCGCGCCUGUGGGGUUCAGCACUAGAUAAUAUUGAGGAAGCAGAGGUCGUCCUGGCCAACUCAAGUAUCGUGCGCACCUCCAAGGAGUCCUACCCAGACGUCUUCUUUGCUAUUAGGGGCGCGGCUGCGAGCUUUGGGAUUGUGACCGAGUUCAAAGUGCGUACUUAUCCGUCGCUCAGCCAGACGGUCCAGUAUAAGUACGAGUUUAGCAUUGGCAGUUCCACCGAGCGGGCAAACUUGUACAUGGCCUGGCAGGACUUAUGCUCGCAGAAGAACCUGACGCGCAAGUUUGACACGCGGAUGAUCGUUACGGAGGGUACGAUGAUAAUUCUGGGGCAGUUUCACGGCUCGAAGGAGGAGUAUGAACAACUGGGACUUGAAAAACGCCUUCCCGCUUCAAAUGCCGGCAAUGUGAUCGUGCUCACCGACCCGCUCGCUAUGCUAGGACACGAUAUAGAAAAAUUGGCCACUGGCAUCGUCGGAGGGGUACCGUUAAACUUUUACGAGAAGUCGUUGUCCUUCGAGACGGAUAAGCUUCCGCCGAAUUCGACAGUGCAGGAAUUAUUCCACUAUCUGGAUACGGCUGAUAAAGGGACCCCAACAUGGUUUGUGGUAAUCAGCAUAGCGGGCGGCGCAACUAACGACGUCCCUGUCCAUGCCACCGCGUACGCCCAGCGAAAUGUCAUGUUUUAUGUGGAGUCCUUUGGAGUCAACCUCCUGGGCCGCGUGUCAGAGACAACCGUCGACUUCCUCGACGGAAUUAAUAAACUUGUCACGAAGACGGUUCCGGGAGCUGAUAGAAACGUCUACCCUGGAUUCGUCGAUCCGUUCUUACCCAAUGCCCAGGAGGCGUAUUGGGGCCGUAAUUUGCCAAAAUUGCAAGAAAUCAAGGCUGCUAUUGAUCCGAACGAUGUGUUCCACAACCCGCAGAGUGUGCGCCCAGCGGAGGUGGACCGCCAGCUGGCCUGGCAUUCCUGCCACGUCCUGUCUGAGGAGGAGGAGACAUGUUCGCGGCUGAUAUGCUUGCACGGAUGGUCCCUAGCUGCAUCGGCCGACUUGUUCGCUGACGAAGGUCGCAUGUUGGAGGAGCGUUUUGCCCAGAUCAGAGGCAUUAUGUUGUUGAAGCGUCUCAAACCACUGCGACGUCUCCCCGAUGACGUCGAGAACUUGGAGCGAACAUGA